AUGCAUCUUGCCGAGUAUCUGUUCCGUCGCCUUCACCAACUUGGAAUUCGAUCCAUCUUUGGUUGUCCCGGCGAUUUUAAUCUAGCCUCUCUUGACUAUAUUGUUCCAUGUGGUCUCAACUGGGUCGGCAAUGUGAACGAACUCAACGGCGGCUAUGCCGCCGAUGGUUAUGCUCGCAUCAGAGGAAUAGGAGCAAUCAUGACUACACUAGGUGUUGGGGAGCUUUCGGCCAUCAAUGCCCUAGCAGGCUCAUGCGCCGAGCAUGUACCAGUCAUCCACAUUGUCGGAUAUCCCUCGACAAGUGUGCAGGAAAAGAAAAUACCAUUGCACCAUACUCUGGGAGAUGGCAACUUUGAGCGAUUUGCUAAAAUGAGUGCCCAGGUCUCAAGCGCCGUAGUCAUCCUGAAAGACAAGUCAGAUGCGACUAAGCUCAUCGACGAAACAAUUCGCGAGUGCUGGCGUUCCAGUAAGCCUGUAUACAUUGGCUUCCCAGCGGAUCUUGUCAAUGUAGAGAUAGAUCCAUCUCCGCUGGAAUGUCCCCUCAUCGAAGAACCAACCCCCAAUAUCACGGAGAAUGAAGAGCGUGCUGUGGGUUUGAUCCUCGACCGUAUUCGGGCGGCUCAGAACCCGGUCAUCAUUGUUGAUAGUCUGGCGGGAAAGUCGUACAGUCUGGAUUCGACAAGGCUAUUUGCCCAAAGCUCAGGAUUCCCUUGCUUCACUACGCCAAUGGCCAAGGGCAUCGUUAACGAGAGUUUAACAAACUUUCGCGGGCUAUACGCAGGAGAAGCCUCCGAUACUAAUAUUUUGGAGGAGGUCGAAUCCUCCGAUUUGAUCCUAUCAAUCGGGCCGCGUCCAACAGAUUACAACUCAGCUGGGUUCAAGCCUGAUUUGUCUCAUAUUGAGACCAUCAAAUUCGAACGUCAUAGAAUCCAAAUGCCAUUUCAACAGAGUCUGGGGCUCGGUAUGAGCGGUGUGCUGGAAAAGCUCAGCAAUGCUCUUGAUAAAGAACGAUCAGGAUCUAUCUCCACGGCCUCCACGCCAUCCCGCCAGCCUAGUGGUACCCCCGAUGUACACGGAAGCAUCUCACCCCCCUCAAGCCCAUUGAAAGAAAAUGAGGAUCGCGAUGUGAUUAUGAACUUCGAGGGUAACACUGUUGACAAGUCUCAACCAUUAACUCAAGAUUGGAUCUGGCAGCGGAUUUCUUCCUGGCUUGAAGAAGACGACAUCAUAUCUGCAGACGUUGGAACCUCCGCUUUUGGCACAGUGUGGUCUCGAUACCCGCGCGGGGCAGUUCCACUAGUGCAGUUCCUUUGGUCUUCAAUUGGAUAUGCUGUCGGCGCAGCAGUUGGAGCUGCCCUUGCCGCGCGCGAAGACGAGAAUCAAUCAAAUGGUACUCGCCGCCGACGAACUAUCUGCCUUACUGGUGACGGUAGCCUUCAAAUGACCGCACAGGAAGCGAGCACCAUGGUCCGCCGCAAGCUCGGCAUUAUCAUGUUCAUUGUCUGCAAUGAGGGCUACACGGUAGAACGAAUCAUUCACGGCAUGGACGCCGAGUAUAACGACAUCCAGCCCUGGGACCACAAGCUUAUGCCGGCUCUUUUCGGGGCCGCUCCGAAUACCGCUCGCACUUACGCUAUUCGGACUCGUGCUGAGCUGAAUAUGCUGCUCGACGACCCAUCGUUUGGCCCUGCUGAUCUUUAUGAUGAGAACAACCCGCCCCCUUUACGCAUAGUUGAGUUGUAUAUGGGCAAGUAUGAUGUGCCAGAAGGCUUGCUUGGGACUGCUAAUUCGGUUUCGAGGUGA